GGGAAAAGGGGGGUUUGGGUUGGUGGGUGAGUAAGUUUUGGAUCCCAUUCCUUCUGAGGUUUCAAGACUGUUAAAAAAGUUAGAGCUUUGAGCAGCCCAAGACCAAGACCCAGCCAAGACAGAGGAAGACAGAAAAAUAGAAUCUUUAUUUUAUUGGUCUCAAUAAUGCCUGGCUACGCACUGCACUGCAGCUUAAGAAUAUACAAAUCAUGGAGAGGAGAAAAGAAAGUUUAUUUCUCGUCUGCCUCAAGCUGUGUCUGGGUUUCCUUCACGUGAAGCUUACGCUGUAAAAUCCCAAUUGUAAAUGUCCUCUUCCGUGAGUUUUUUCGCAAGCAACGAUGCCAAAUUGCCAAGCCCCGCUCUGUUUUGGUUUGGAGGAGCCGCCACUGAGCCAGUAAGAGUAAGAGUAGAUGAGCAAAGUGAUUUUUUGUUUGAAGCUGUCGAAUGAAUAUGCAUUUUGCAGUUAAGCUUAGUGAUGGAUCGAGUCAAAGAAUGAAGAUGCUAUUGCUCUGAAAAUGAAUCAAAUUGGCGAAAUGGUAGUAGAUCUUGGAGAUUUGGGUUUAGAAAGCGAUUUGGUAGAGUAUCCAAAUCAAUAUAUAAUAAGCUAAAGACGCAAUAAGGAAAGUGUGAAGUGGUGGCUCAAAAAGGGCAACCACCUUUUUUGUUUUCAAGAUUGAAUAGCUCCAUUCCAUUUAUAUGCAUUUCAGAUUCUCAAGUCUGAGUUGGGCUUUCUCCAUCUGAUGCCGCUCUUUUUGGCAGCAAAUCCAAGUGCAUUAUUCAUAUGGUGAUCUGAAUAAACACAAACCAACUCAACGAUCUAUUCCACAGAUUUUGAAAAUGGAGCAACCCUAUUGCUUGGUUUCACCUUCAUCAUCGUCAUCAUCGUCAUCGAGUUACUGCUCUCAGAAAGGUCCUAUCUUGCGCUUCUUCCUCUUCUUGUCCUUGUUCUUCUUCUUGUCAGUGGGUUUGGCUCGAGCAGGGGAUGCAGAAGCUCUGUUAAGCCUGAAAUCAACAAUCGAUCCUCAGAACUCGUUGCCAUGGCGGCAAGGAAGCAAUGUGUGCGAGUGGAAAGGCGUGAAGGACUGCAUGAAAGGAAGGGUGACAAAGCUGGUCUUGGAGUAUUUAAACUUGACAGGGGUUCUGGACCACAAGAUCUUGAACCGGCUGGACCAACUCCGAGUCCUGAGCUUCAAGGGCAACUCUCUUUCGGGCCAAAUCCCAGACCUCUCGGGCCUCGUUAAUCUCAAAUCCAUCUUCUUAAACGACAACAACUUCUCCGGCGUUUUCCCCGCUUCCAUUGCGGACCUGCACCGCCUGAAAGUUGUGGUUCUCGCCGGAAAUCAACUCUCCGGUCCAAUCCCAAUGUCUCUGCUGAAGCUCCGUCGUCUCUACGCUCUGUACUUGCAAGACAACCAGUUCACUGGUCCGAUACCCCCGCUCAACCAAACCUCUCUCCGAUUCUUCAACGUGUCUAAUAACCAACUCUCCGGAGAAAUUCCGAUGACCCCACCUCUGAUUCAGUUCAAUGCUUCGUCGUUUUUGGGCAACAUCAAUGUCUGCGGCGUGCAGAUUGACAAACAGUGUGGGGGCAGUGUUGGGUUUCCACCGUCGAUGAGCCCAAGCGAUCAACCAAGCCCAGCGUCAAAAUCAAAGCGUGGAAAAUUGAUAAAGAUAGUCGCAGGAAGCGUAGGUGGGCUCGUGGUGGUCGUAAUCUGCUUGGUUCUGGUGUGGAUGGUGUGCAGGUGGAGUCGCGGCCGUCGUCUUGGUCGUGGUGGGGAGGCCACCAGGAGCAAAGCCGGGGUAGCUGAGCUGGCAGCAGAGAGAGGAUCAGGGGAGGGGCCCACAGGAGGACCAGGUGGUGGUGGUGGUGGUGGCAGGGGAGGUAAUAAUGGUGGGAAACAAGGGGGGUUUUCUUGGGAAGGCGAAGGGCUAGGGAGUUUGGUGUUCUGCGGUCCAGGGGAUCAGCAGAUGAGUUACAGCCUAGAGGAUUUGCUCAAGGCUUCUGCUGAGACACUGGGUAGGGGUACGAUGGGCAGCACGUACAAGGCCGUGAUGGAGUCAGGGUUUAUCGUGACGGUCAAGAGGCUCAAGGAUGCCAGGUACCCAAGGCUUGAUGAGUUUAGGAGACACAUGGACUUGCUUGGUAAGCUCAGGCACCCUCACUUGGUCCCACUCAGAGCCUAUUUCCAGGCUAAGGAGGAACGCUUGCUCGUAUACGAUUAUUUCCCCAAUGGCAGCCUCUUUUCACUUAUUCAUGGUUCAAGAACUUCAGGAGGUGGGAAGCCUCUUCACUGGACAUCAUGCCUUAAAAUAGCUGAGGACUUAGCAAGUGGUGUGCUUUAUAUCCACCAGAACCCUGGCUUAACUCAUGGAAACUUGAAAUCCUCAAAUGUCUUGUUAGGUUCUGAUUUUGAAUCCUGCUUGACGGAUUAUGGUCUCACUUUAUUCCGAGAUCCUGAUUCACUUGAAGAACCUAGUGCAACUACUCUGUUUUAUAGAGCCCCUGAAUGCCGUGACCUCCGAAAACCAACAACCCAACAAGCUGAUGUAUACAGCUUUGGUGUCCUCCUCUUGGAGCUCCUAACUGGGAAGACUCCCUUCCAAGACCUUGUUCAGGAACAUGGUUCGGACAUCCCUAGAUGGGUGCGUUCAGUGCGCGAAGAAGAGACGGAAUCAGGGGAUGACCCUGCCUCGGGCAAUGAGGCAUCAGAGGAGAAACUUCAGGCACUUCUUAAUAUUGCAAUGGCUUGUGUUUCAAUUGCAGCAGAGAACCGACCUACAAUGAGGGAGGUUCUAAGGAUGAUAAGAGAUGCAAGGGCAGAGCCUCAAGUGUCUUCCAACAGCAGUGAUCACUCACCAGGGAGAUGGUCAGAUACUGUUCAGAGCUUGCCGAGGGAAGAACACUUGAGCAUUUGAGUGGUUGGUUGGUAAUUGAAUUUAACUCAAUUGGCGGCCUAAGUUAUGCAUUUUGAUUGAUUCUUUCGGGAUUUGAACCGUGAUUCUUGUUGUACUAGGCAUUGUAUGUAGAGUGCAACCACACUGGUGUAAAGGUUUUGUUUGUGAUCAUUUAUUCUCUUCUCUCAUGUAUUGUUUCAGCUAAGUUUAAUUGCACUUCUAAUUACUUUUUAUUAGCAAGGUAAUUGUAUCACCUUACACAAGUUUUUGGCAUGGAGCUUCAAUUUCAAUUUUCAA